AUGAGUGUGCCGUCCGUGCCCAUAGAAACACAGGCCGUGCCCGAAAACCAGGAGCAGCAGUUUGUGCACGAGGUGUACAACGAAAUAGCGGCGCACUUCUCGCAGACCCGCUACAAGCCCUGGCCCAUCGUAGAAAAGUUUCUUCGUGGCCAGCCGGACUACAGCGUGGGCAUCGACGUGGGCUGCGGCAACGGCAAGUAUUUGGGUGUCAAUCCCAAGUUGGUCAUUGUAGGCUCGGACCGCUCGGACGGGCUCGUCACGUGCGCCCAGCAGAACUCCAACAACGCCCACCUCUUAUGUGUGGCGGACGGGCUCCACUUGCCGCACGCCAACGGGCGCUUUGACUUUGCCAUUUCCAUUGCCGUGAUCCACCAUUUUGCCUCCAAGGCCCGGCGCGUCGACGCCAUCCGCCACGUGCUCUCCAAAGUGAGAACCAGGGGGAAGUUCCUCGUGUACUGCUGGGCGCUCGAGCAGGAAAAGUCCCGCCGCGGCUACAAGGAAGGCGAUGACCAGGACAUCUUGGUGCCGUGGGUGCUCCAGAAAAAGCAGAAGAAAAAGCCUGCGGGUGCGGGACCUGGGGCCGUUCCCGAAUCCGGCGACAUCAAGACGCCCGAUCUGGCCCCGGAAACAAAGUACAGAUACUACCACUUGUACCGCGAGGGCGAGUUGGUGGCGGACGCCGAGACUGCCGGGGGGCGUGUGGUGGAACACGGCUACGAGAAGGACAACUGGUGGGCCAUUAUAGAGAAGGUGUAG